AUGAACGCACAUCUGUCGAUGGAAAAUAUUGGCGACAUGCACGGAGUGAGCCAUGAGUCCGUGGUCGGUCACGGAGAACUGCUGAGUGGCCACAGUCCGCAUGCCCGUUCCCGGGGUCUCAGCCACCGCGCUAUGGGCAUGGCAACCCUCCUGGACAGCGGGGACUAUCACCCCGGACACCACGGACACCUGCACCCAGCCAUCAGCAUGUGUGAAGUCCCCCCCGGCAUGAGUGCAUGCAGCACUUACACCACCCUUACACCCCUGCAGCCCUUACCCCCCAUCUCCACCGUGUCCGACAAGUUUCCUUCCCAUCAUCACCACCACCACCACCAUCCCAAUCCCCAUCAUCCUCACCAUCAUCCGCACCAGAGGAUCCCCGGAAAUGUCAGUGGCAGCUUUACUUUGAUGCGAGAGGACCGGAGUCUGGCGCCUAUGAACAGUCUGUACCCCGCAUAUCAUCACAAAGAUCCCUGCAUGGGCCAGAGCCUCUCCCCGCUGUCUGGUUCCGGUCUGGCCAGCAUACACACGUCCCAGGCCGGGAUCCCUCCCUACGCUCAUCCCGGUGCCGCCAUGCCUGGUGAGAAGAUGCUCACCCCCAGCGGGUUUGAGGCUCACCACCCCUCCAUGCUCGGCAGACACACGGAGCAGCACAUGAGCUCCUCGGCGGGCAUGGUACAAAUCAACGGCCUCCACCACCACCCACACGCCCACCUAGGCGCGCAGGGGCACGGCCAGGGGCUGGGGAACAGCCGGGAGCAGGCCUCCGGGCCCGGGCAGCAAGGGGGUGGCGGUGGAGGGGGUGGUGUUUCUGGGGGCCAGAUGGAGGAGGUGAAUACCAAAGAGGUGGCGCAGAGGAUCACCACAGAGCUGAAGCGCUACAGCAUCCCUCAGGCCAUCUUUGCCCAGCGGGUCCUGUGCAGGUCCCAGGGGACCCUGUCCGACCUGCUGAGAAACCCCAAACCCUGGUCCAAGCUCAAGUCCGGGAGGGAGACUUUCCGCCGCAUGUGGAAGUGGUUGCAGGAGCCUGAGUUCCAACGCAUGAGUGCGCUCAGGCUCGCAGGUGAGCGAAGCCUCGCAUGUAAGCGUAAGGAACAGGACCACGGCAGAAGCGAGCGGGGGAGCAUGUCCAAGAAGCCCCGGCUGGUGUUCACAGAUGUGCAGCGGCGGACGCUCCAUGCCAUCUUCAAAGAGAACAAGCGUCCAUCCAAAGAGCUGCAGAUCACCAUCGCCCAGCAGCUGGGCCUGGAGCUGACCACAGUCAGCAACUUCUUCAUGAACGCACGCCGCCGGAGCCUCGAUAAGUGGGUGGACGACGGCUCCGGUCAUCCUGGCCCCAACUCCUGCACCAAAGCCUGAAGACGGACUGAAAUGACCAACUCAUGGACUGACUC